AGCUGGCCUCGUUCUGGCCGCCGCCGCCGCUCUGAGGCGGAGUAGGAUGAGGCCCGCGGCCGUGGCUCGGGCGUCGGCGGGGGCAGCAGCAGCUGAGGCAGCAGCUGAGGCAGCCGCGACGGCCGCGCCCCCCCCUCCUGACCUGGAUUAGACCCAGCAGCUCCGUGGCCGCCGCCGCCCCGCGGGGGGGCGGGGUGGGGAAGUGCUUCGUCUCCCCGCCCCCCCCCCCAUCGCCGCCCCGCAGGAGGCAACCGCCGCGACCCCAGCGAAGCCAGCGGCCCAGCCUUGAGCCCCCACCCCCGGGGGCUGGCAUGAGCGGCUCCUCGGCUGCGCCGGGGGGCGGGGGAGCCGCCGCCGCCUGAGCCCCGGCCUGCCGCGGACCCACCUCGCUGAUCGCGGAGCGUGCGAACUACCCCGCCACAGCUUUCUUCCUCCCCCAGAUCACACACCCCAGCCUCGGAAGAUGGGGAAUUGCCUCAAGUCCCCCACCUCGGAUGACAUCUCCCUGCUUCACGAGUCUCAGUCCGACCGGGCUAGCUUUGGCGAAGGGACGGAGCCGGAUCAGGAGCCGCCGCCGCCAUAUCAGGAACAAGUUCCAGUUCCUGUCUAUCAUCCAACACCUAGCCAAACUCGCCUGGCAACUCAGCUGACUGAAGAGGAACAAAUUAGGAUAGCUCAAAGAAUAGGUCUUAUACAGCAUCUGCCUAAAGGAGUUUAUGACCCUGGAAGAGAUGGAUCAGAAAAAAAGAUCCGAGAGUGUGUGAUCUGUAUGAUGGACUUUGUUUAUGGGGACCCAAUUCGAUUUCUGCCGUGCAUGCACAUCUAUCACCUGGACUGUAUAGAUGACUGGUUGAUGAGAUCCUUCACGUGCCCCUCCUGCAUGGAGCCAGUUGAUGCAGCACUGCUUUCAUCCUAUGAGACUAAUUGAGCCAGGGUCUCUCGUCUGACUUCAAGUGAACCGUCAAUUUUGGUGGUUUUGAUCUUUUGUCACUGAGCCCAAAGAGCCAGGGAUUAGGAUUAAGAUCAUGCACAAAAGUUUCCUAAAAUUCCUGAAUGGCUGCAGAUGUUGGGGGAAAGUUCGAGAUAUUUUAGAAACAUAGGGGGAAGAGUAGGAUGGUAUUUUUAUGUAAAGCCUUGACCCAUUGUUUAAAAAUAUAAUUGUAUUUAGAUCUUGUUAUUGCUCCAGUACAUAGGAAUUGUGUAAAGUAUUACAGCAGCUGUAUAUGUUUAAAUUGUGUGUGUUGAAGAUUAGGAAAAAGAUAGUGGUUGUUUUUCCUAAAUAACUCUCUCCCCUUCUCCCUCCCCCCAAAUUCUUUUCUGAAGUUGCUGGCAUUUGGGUCAAGGUUUUAUUAAAAGCUACAUUUUAUAACACUGGCACAAAAAAGUAGUUUUAAGCUUGUUUGCACAGUUCUUUUUUUCCAUUGGAAAUGGAAUUCAUUGCCUUAGGUCUUUUUAAAUAGUGUAUUAUUAUCGUUGGGGCUGGCUCUAUGCUUGAAAACCAGUUUAUUUAUAACCUGUUAUAAGUGCUAUAUCUGUUUGCAGUUAGGAAAUGCAGAAUUCAAAGUGAUCUCCUAGCUUGUAAGCAAACUGAGAUGCACUAUCCCUUUUCUUUUAAAAUGAGUUAAUGUGUCAAGAAACCAACUCUAGUAAAAGUGGGGUUAAAAAUUACCCUUUCCUAUAUGUUUUAUCUAAUUAUUUUGGUUGUUAAUAUGGUGAUAAUUAAAAGUCAAGGUAAAUUUUAAAUAUUAAGAUUUUGAUUUACUGAGCUUGAAUUACGCCACCGUGCUUAUGUAAAAAUGAGAGUGGCACAAUGGUGAAACUGAGAAAUGUUUCUCAGUUGUAACAAUUUUGACUUCUUUCCUGUGACCUCCUUCCCUGUUGUCUUGAACCAUAGCAAAAGGAUACUGCAUCUCUCAUCAUUGUAGUGCUGAGGUUAUUGAAGUUAUAUAAAAUACAUCUCAGUCUGUUUCUUAAAAAAGGAAAGUCCUGCUAACUGACUGACAAGUCUAAGCAGAGCAAAUAAGAUAAGUGAAUUUCAUGUUUUGCACACAGAUGAGGGAUUUGUAUAACAACAUGACUUUAUAGUCGUGAUCUCAAAAAGAAGGAAUUUCUCUCUUUUUUGCAAUUAUAAGAACACUGAAUCUCUAAGCUUCUGAAUAGAGGUAGAGAUGGUCUAGUAAAGAUGUAGUAGUAAUGUUUUAUCCAUUUAGCAUGUGUUUUUUCCCUUAUAUACUCAAAGUUGACUUAUUUGUUCAACUCAAUGAUAUUACAGCUAAAAAAAUUCAUUCACUAGCAAAAGGAGAAGCCGUCUCAAACUAACAAAUCAGAGAUGUUUCUUAUUUUUUAUUGAGUUGAAUAUUUGACUCUAACACUUUUCUACAUACAAAAUACAAAUAUCUUGAAGGUUCUUCAUAAUUGCUUUAUAGGGGAAUUUAGUAUUUCUUAAAGAUUUGACAUUUGACUGUAGUAUUCAUGUUGGUUAAUUCUCUUAUGAGCCCCAUGAUGGAAAGAUUAAAAACUGAAUUUGAGAAAAAUUGAAAGAAAUUAGAUUAUCAGGUUCUGUUAAAUUGUUAUAUGUAUCUUGCUUAAGUUUUUGUUCUUUAAUUUAUAUCCACCCAAUUACAUAAAGCAAAUUUGGAGAAAACACUGAAGUUGUGCAGUAUUUUCAGUGAUACUACUUUUUACUUGUAUUUUCUAUUUUAACAUGAUGUCUGUGACAUCAAGUAUUAUGGGUUUUUUUUUCAAGAUUGCUAAAAAUGGUAAGUGAACUUCUUGUUUUUAAAUUAUCUUUUAUGUUGCGGUUAUUCUUUAUUUCUUACAUGAAUUCUUUCACAGAACUUUGUAUUGAGCUAAAUGCUAAUUUUUCUUUUCAUUUUGAUCUCCAAAUGCCAUGAUAAAAGCCAUCAAUUUUAGUUUCAACUAAGUUAGAUGAAGUUAUAAAGCAGUUCUAAACUUAUCUGGUCCUUUCUUUAAAGCAGACAAGUAUAAAUUUAAUUAAUUACAUUAAAAUCUCUGAGUAUAUUCUUUCUUGGGAAUAUUUUUUUAAGGCCUGGCAUUUAGUACCCUCUACCAUAAACUUAGAAAGCAGCUUAAUGGCUUCAGAAUUUCUAAAGCCAAAUUAUAAUUGCAACAUGGUUAAAUUUGAACAAGAUAAGUGAGGUCUUGGCUGUAUAAAUUAAAAUGUCUGAAAAGCCUGACCAAGAAAAAAACUAAAGAAUUUUAUUACUUUAAAACAUACCCAACACAUUUAAAUACUUUCAGAUACUUAUAGUUAGGGUUCACACAAGCCCUUCCAGUUUUAUGAGAGUUCUUUAUACUUAAAAUGAAUAAGAAAGUUGGAUUUUUGGUAGUAUCUCCUGACGUAGUGAUAAAUUUCUACUCUUCUUCUAAUGGAAAAAAAGUCAAGAGAAGAUAGUUUAUGACUUACUCCUCUGUCCCUUCUAGAUGCAGCUUCCCUGCUACAAUCUUAAACUUACAGACUUCCCUAAGAUACAGGCCUGGUGUGGGAUGUCUCUGGUGUGGGAAUCAUGGGCAUGAGAGCCAUCAGAGUCCUGAGCAAGCUUCCCCUGACUGAACAUAUUAAUCCGUUGGGGCUUAGCUCAUUCCCUUGUAAUUUCUUCCCCCCUGUCCCAGUUUCUAAGUAUUUUGUUAUUAAGGUCUCAUGUUUCCAUCAACUUCAUGCCCCAUAUGUCAUAAAAGCUAUUUAAGCCUCAUUUCCUCCCUUCAGAAAGAAUCAGUUUGAUAGGAUAGACUGCCUGUUAAAAAGUAGCCUCCCAUUCAUCUUUUCUAAUAUAUUUCUCCCCUUAGGACGAUGUACACAAAACCUAUAUGUUUAUUAAUUUUUAAAAAAUACAAUAAAAAUGUCCAUCUACAAAACUG